CUGCUCGCGCCCCAGCGGCGCGAGCUCUCUGGGCGCGAAGCGGAGGCAGCGCGCUAUGGCCAGGGCCCCGCAGGGCCGGCGCCGCGCCGCGGCCCCUGGAAGCGCCCUGCGCGCCGUGUUGCGCUGCAACCUACCCCCAGGGGCCCAGCGCGUGGUGGUCUUCGCUGUGCUGGCUCUCCUCGUCCUCAUCAACGUCGUGCUAGUCUUCCUGCUGGCCUUCCGCUGACCGCCGAGCCAAGCGCUGCGAGCUCCUCCGGCUCAUCAGUGAUGGCAGUGUGGUCUGUGCCGAAGCACUCUGGGACCACGUCACCAUGGAUGACCAGGAACUGGGAUUCAAAGCUGGGGAAGUCAUCGAAGUAAUGGAUGCCACCAACAGAGAGUGGUGGUGGGGCCGUGUCGCUGAUGGCGAGGGCUGGUUUCCAGCCAACUUUGUGCGGAACCAACACCAACCCCUGCUCCCACCCUGCCCUCCAGGGGGCCCUCAAAAGCCAGAGAGAAAUGGGUCAGGAAUGAAGCUGCGGGUGAACCAGGACGAGCCCGAGGACUACGAAGCACUGCAGGCUGGGGAUGGUGGAGCCGAGGGCGGUGGUGCCAAGGCACAGAGCAGCAGGGACCAGAUGCGCACCAACGUCAUCAAUGAGAUCCUCAGCACCGAGCAGGACUACAUCAAGCACCUGCGUGACAUCUGUGAGGGCUACAUCAGGCAGUGUCGCAAGCGUGCAGACAUGUUCAGCGAGGAGCAGCUGCACACCAUCUUCGGAAACAUAGAGGACAUCUACCGAUGCCAGAAGGCCUUCGUAAAGGCGCUGGAGCAGAAGUUCAACAGGGAGCAACCCCACCUGAGCGAGCUGGGCGCCUGCUUCCUGGAGCACCAAGCAAACUUCCAGAUCUACUCAGAGUAUUGCAACAACCACCCCAAUGCUUGCGUCGAGCUCUCCCGGCUCACCAAGCUCAGCAAAUACGUGUACUUCUUUGAGGCCUGCCGGCUGCUGCAAAAGAUGAUCGACAUCUCCCUGGAUCCUGGUGACUUUUUUCCAGUGCAGAAGAUCUGCAAGUACCCUCUGCAGCUGGCUGAGCUGCUCAAGUAUACACAUCCCCAACACAGGGAUUUCAAGGAUGUGGAAGCUGCCUUAUAUGCCAUGAAGAAUGUGGCCCAGCUCAUCAAUGAACGGAAACGGAGACUUGAAAACAUCGACAAGAUUGCUCAGUGGCAGAGCUCCAUAGAGGACUGGGAGGGGGAAGACCUCCUUGUCAGGAGCUCGGAACUCAUCUACUCGGGGGAGCUGACUCGUGUUACCCAGCCACAAGCCAGGAGCCAGCAGAGGAUGUUUUUUCUCUUUGACCACCAGCUUAUCUACUGUAAGAAGGACCUUCUGCGCCGUGAUGUGCUGUACUAUAAGGGCCGAGUGGACAUGGAUGGCCUAGAGGUGGUGGAUCUAGAGGAUGGAAAGGACAGAGACCUCCACAUGAGCAUCAAGAAUGCCUUCCGGCUGUAUGGUGGCACAACAGGAGAGAGUCACCUGCUGUGUGCCAGGAAGACUGAGCAGAAGCAGCGCUGGCUCAAGGCCUUUGCCAAGGAGAGGGAGCAGGUGCGGCUGGACCAGGAAACAGGCUUCUCCAUUACCGAGCUGCAGAGGAAGCAGGCCAUGCUGAAUGCCAGCAAGCAGCAGGUGGCUAGGAAGCCAAAAGCCUUCAGCCGACCCUACUAUCUGACACGCCAGAAGCACCCAGCACUGACUGCCAGCCUGCCCCAGCAACAGGUCUUGGUGCUGGCAGAGCCCAAGCGGAAGCCAUCCACCUUUUGGCACAGCAUUAGCCGGCUGGCGCCCUUCCGCAAGUAAGCCCAUGCCUCACCCAACUGCACUGUCUGGAUCUGCCCUGCCAGUGAGCCUCCAGCUUUUCCUCCCCAAGGCAUCCAACCCUCUCUGCCUGUUCAGUAAACUGAAAGUGAGCAGGGCUGAGCAAGGGAAUGGCUCUGCCACUAGUAUGUACCAGCUCUGCAUCCCUGUUCUCAGUUCUUCCUCACCAUUGAUACACUGUAGAUACCAAAUGGAGGGAGAUAACCACAGCACAGGAACCUCCCGCCACCAUCCGGACCUUUGUGUGGCCUCCUAGGAGCCACAGCUCAGAACCACCAGCCAGGCAAAGAUGUGACUGGCCACUUCAGACCCGCUUCUUUGAACAGCAUCCCUCCUGUCCUCUGGGCAGGAGGCCAUCUGCCUUCCACCACUUGGAAAGCUGGGCUGUGUGCCCCUCUGUUCUCUAAUUCUCCUUCAGGCCCCCACCUGGUGGUG